GACCAUUCCCACUUGUCACAUACACGUCUUAUUUCUUGUCUAUAACAAUGACGGCUCUUUGAUUAUUUUCGCCUGAACAUUGACAUCCAAAAACUUUGUGAAUAAUUUAAUUUUUAUGUUUUAAUUUCGGUCGCGCGGCAUCGUCCAGUCUAUCCGCAUCCUAUCGUUAUCGCGAGAGUCGGUGAGCAAUAGGAGAACAUUGCUAGAAUCGCGGAAAAGUCAUGGUGAAAAUCUGCAAAUGAAUUCGUCGUCACUUUUAACUGUGCAAGAAGAAAUCCAGUGGACGAGCCUGCAUUGUAGUAAAAAUGCCCUCACCGAUUUCUUCGGAUGGUUUCUGCAGGGAGUCCUAGCAAGCCUAGCAUUCACGUGCUUAAUAGCCAAAAGAUUCUGUGAACCGCCAUAUAUACGACGUUCCUGGGAAACAUGGUGGUACGACACAUCGAAACAAGGAAUUGGUGCUCUAGUCAUUCACAUGACCAAUGUAUAUGUGGCACCCUUGUUUCAAGGCGACCCAUGUACAUGGUAUAUUAUAAACUUUUUACUGGAUUCAACCAUUGGCCUUUUUAUUAUCUACGUAGGAAUAAGGAUAUGUCAGUUUUUAGCUAAGCGAAAUAAAUGGGACGCCAUUAAUUUCGGUGAAUACAAUGCACCAAAGUCCUGGGUCUAUCAGACUUGGAUAUAUAUCGGAUUAAUGGCAAUAGUGAAAUUAAUCACCACAUUAUUUGUACAGCUUGAUGUUUGGGAUAAUGUUAAAAAUUUUGUUUUAUCACCAUUCUCUAAUCCCAAGAUAGAAUUAGCUGUUGUUAUGCUUAUUAUUCCGUUCUUUGUUAAUAUUUUAAUCUUCUGGGUAACUGAUAAUUUCCUAAUGCGGCAUAACCGUAAAAAACGACUUGGCAGCAGUCGCGAGCAGAGUAUUCUACAAAAAGUUAAGGUAAAAUACAGGUCAAUACGAAAGGAAAGGCAAAAUGAUUCUGAAUCCGAAGCAUUAAUAUCGGGCGAUGAUGAUCUACUAGGUGGCAACACAAGUAAAAUAAUGGGCAUGCAAAAUGUUCAGCAACGAACGAGUAUUUCGAUGGCCUAAGAAAAAUUGAUUUACUUGAAAAUGAUUUGAGAAGAUCGUGCGAUUCUUUUUAUUGAAAGUGUACUCAUACGUAUUAUUUAUGAUAUUGAAUUUGAGAAACAAAAAGUUGAAAUUGUUUACUUUUGUAA